CGUCUGAACAUUCUGUUACUUGUGAUUUGACAUGGAACAAGUGAAGGUGCUGAGCACAUGGCUUAGUCCAUUCAGCCUGCGCGUCUUGGUUGCCCUGGAAGAGAUUGGCGUGAAAUAUGAAUACCAAGAAGAGGACCUCUCCAAUAAGAGCGCCCUCCUCCUGCAGAUGAAUCCUGUGCACAAGAAAAUCCCUGUCCUCAUUCACAAUGGCCAGCCCAUAUGCGAGUCUCUCAUAAUUCUCCACUACAUUGACGAGACAUGGGAGUCCAAGCAGGUUUCGCCAUUUGAUAGUGCCCUUGCCCAUUUCUGGGCUGACUUCGCUGAUAAGAAGUUUUUUGACUCGGGGUUUCGUAUAGUGAAAUCGAAAGAUGAGGCUCAAGAGCAGGCCAAACGUGAGAUGCUGGAAAACCUGCAAUUUCUAGAAGGCGCAUUGAAAGAAAUGUCAGCGGGAGGAUCUCUGCCCUUCUUCGGAGGGAAGGAUUUCGGGUUUCUGGAUAUUGCCUUAGCCCCCUAUGUGUCCUGGUUCCAUAUUUUUGAAACUAUUGGAAAUUUCAAGAUACCGUUUGAAACUGAAUAUCCAUUAGUUGAUGCAUGGGGUAAGAGAUGUAUGGAGAGGGAGAGCGUCAAGAAAAUUCUUCCCUCCUUUGAUCGCCUUCUGGAGAGGGUCUUCCAAGUCAGGAAGAAAUUUGUGGUAGAUUAAAAUUCAAGUGAUUUAUGCCCAAUAGACUAUUUGUUAAGUUGUUCACAUUAAGUAGCUAGCUUCUGUAAGACCGUGGCAUUCUUGAAUUUACUGUUGAACUGUUAGAUUAUAGAAUCUC